AUGAUCCAUAAAGUACCUGAAGAAGAGCAACCUAUUCUUCAACAGCUAAUAAAUAUCCGCGCGCGACUUGCAGCUGUCAAGCGGGAUCGAUCUAGCUAUUUAACAUUGGAUGAUAUUAUGCCUUUGAGACAGGAGACAAUUGAUCAAAUGAAGAACUUGAGCAUGUUGAGAGGAGGACGACUGAUGAGUGAAACGAGAGAACUGACGAGAACAGAUGAUGUAUUGGAUGAGAUAUUACAAAUGCUCAGUUUAUGCUUUCUAUCCUUAGGAAAGUUAAAAGAAAGCCCGUCUGUAUAUGCUCAAGUUGUUACAAUAAAGCACAUAUUUGAUCGAUUAGAGGAAGCCGGCGUUUAUGAAGAAGAGUAUUUGGAACCAUAUAAAGCAAAACUAGACGAAAUAGAAAAGAUAAUUAGCCAUGAUAUUAAGAACAAUAUAUUGCCAGAAUUUGUCAUGGAAGUGUUGCAAUACAAGUUUAUACAGUGCAGAAGAAUAUACGAAAAGUUGAUGAACACAUUAAAGGAAGUUGACCCUGAGCUCAUUCCUAUUCGUGAUCGAUUGCUUCGUAUACGUCGAAACCUGGGAAUCAUUUGCUGCAAAAAGGAUUAUACGCCAAAAGAUAUUGAACCAUUACAGGAAGAGAUACGUGAAGUGGACAAUUUGAGAGUGGAUGGUAAAUUCCUUGGGCCCAAUGGAACUGUGCCGCAAGGACAAGGCGUCUUGGUUACUCUACUCGAGCAAUUAUACUUUUGGUCGCAUGAUGUCCUUUUAUCUUGUAGUGAAGGCUUUUCUCCUGCGUUACAAAGCAUUCGUGAACGACUUUUAGAAAUUAAGAACCAGUUGGAGAGAUUAGAACUCACUCAUAGGUGGACAUUACGUCAGACGGAUUUGUUCACAUAUCAGCAUCAACUUUAUGAUAUAGUCAAGAUGAAGUAUAGCUGUGUCGAUCAUGAAGGAAAUGUGAAUCCAGAUUUAGUAGGAAAGUUCAUUGAUAGCAAUGGUGCUGCACCAGAAGGACAGGCUGUACUCGACUUCUUGCUUCAUAAAUGCUACCGAAUCAUAUUCGUGCUACUAAGUGAAAGUGUGCCCGUGUCAGAGUCACUGAUGCCUGUUUAUAACCAACUGACAAGCGUUCGUCAAUGUCUAAUGGCUGUAAAGAAACUUGGAGCUCCUUGCUCUUCAGAAGAACUUUAUCCAUACCAGAUGAAACUAUCGAGCAUUGACAACUUGAAAAAGGAUGGUAAAUUCUAUGACGAUAGAGGCAAUAUCCCAGAAGGUCAAGGUUUAUGUAUCGAUAUUCUCGAAGAAUGUUACAAUAUUCUGAAUUCAUUAAGAGAAGAGUCAGAAAGUAACGCAAACUCGCCUCAACUGACACCUUCAGAAUAA